AUGGAGCAGCCCACCCUGAGCAGCGCAACCAACCCGCUGAUCGACGCGCUGGUACUGCAACAUCUGCAGAAGCUUUUUCCGCAGUCGGCGGCCGAGUGUCUGCAGCGCGAGCUCGCCAGCCGCGACGCCGCUGCGGCCGCGCCGCCGCCGACCAACCGGCACGCGAUGCUGAUGCUCUCGCUCCACCAGGGGCGGGCACGUCGCCCCAUGGCGCGCGUAGCUAUGACAGGGACCGCGGCCGCGGAUCCGGCGGCGGACCGUGCUGGCGCGCAAGCGCCGGCCACCGUCGGGCCGCCGGGGAUGCGCCGCGGACGGCCCUGGAAUAGCAGCGAUCGCGCGCACAUGCAAGACUGCCUCAUUGCCGCAAGGCUCGCAGGUGUGUCGCAGCUCAGGUAUGAGGUCCCUGGCUACGGGACGGCGACCUUCGACCUGAAGCACGAGAAGGCCGCGGGCGACCGCGAGCCGGUGCAGGCGGCGGAGCGCUCGUUCGUCGAGCGCACCGCGCCGCGGAAGGAGGAGCUGACGGAGGAGCAGAAGGAUGCUCGGGCCGCGGCUCGCAGGGCCAAAAAGGCCCGGCAGAAGGCGAACAAGGCGGAGAAGGCUGCGGCGGCGGCUGCGAGCGAGGCUGAGCGUGCGGACUACCCGCACGCGCAGCUGCGCGAGAACGUCGAGUUCGUCAUGGACGGCCUGGAGGCUGCGACGCAGGCGGCGCGCAACCCAGCGGGGUCCAAUAUUCAGGUCGCCUACUCGCUACCUCCCGAGGGGGGCGGCGGGUUCGGCGACCUGGUGUACGCCACGGUCCCUCUGGGCUCCGUGGCGACCAAGGUCGCCCGGGACUGGCUCGCCAACGAGCUCUACGAGCCGUCCCGGGGCGGCAAAAUUGAUGCGGCCUGCAGGGACCGAAAGGUCGCCGACCUGAUCACGGCUGCCGGCGCCUCGGCGCCGGCCGACGCCGUGUUCGGCGGCAGGUUCGCGACGGGCGAGACGCCCCGCUCGACGACCUCCCCCUCCGAGGCGGACGAGGGCGACGGCGCCGGCGGCGAUGGCGGGACUGGCUUCGACCUGUUCGGGCCGGACCCCACCCCCAUGGAGGACCUUUGA